UUGAAAAAGAGUUGUGAAGCAGCGGAGUGGAGGUGAGCGAGGGAAACUGAAAUCAUGUGUACACAGCUGUAGGAACAGUUCAGCGACUGAUUAACAUGGCAAUAAAGUCCUGGCGCCAAGCACCCCAGUUGCUAAGUAACGAUAUUAAACAAGAAGAACCUUGACUUCCCCUGUUUGGUGUAGGGAGGCUCAGGAAAUGGUGCAUCCCUGAUCUUUCCUCUUCACUUCGCCGCCUCAUAGAUUAUCAGGUUUUAUCCGGUACAAGGGUGAGAGGCUUCGAGCUUCAGGCCGGUUCACAGGAGCUAAAGCUGUCGGUGUGUCUCUAAAACUGAAGACAAUCUCAUCACUCGAUUAAGAAAACAAAAAGAUAACAUAUGUACCAUGCCUAAAAGGAAGGGAGCAAAAGGGACAACGGUGACCCUCAAGGCUGCCAAAAAGGCAAUACGGAUGACCCCGGAUGGACGGCGCAGACUCACCCUUAGCAACAUGGGCAUAACCAUCUUCCCAAAGUGUCUCCUAAAACUGAAAAAUGUGGACGAGUUGGACCUCAGCCGCAACCUGAUACAGAAACUCCCAGAUAAAAUCGGGAACUUCUCGUCACUGAGAUGGCUGGAUCUACACACCAACAAGCUGGAGUCGGUGCCGGAGUCCAUCGGCAACCUGGUGGGUCUGACCCACCUCAACCUCGCCAACAACUGCCUAAUCUCUGACGGUUUACCCUCCACAUUGGGUCUUCUCACCAGCCUGAGGAGUCUCAAUCUGGGAAUGAACAAGUUGGACACCCUGCCUCCCACUAUGGAGGCUCUAGAUAGUCUCCAAGAGAUAGGUCUGUUUGAUAACCUCUUCAUCAGUCUACCAGAGUUUGUGAAAGGCCUAUGCAACCUCACAAAGGUGAACAUGAAGCAAAAUCCUCUAUCGAAUGUUCAGGAAAUAUCAGAGCCAAAGGAAGAUGAGUAUCUAGUCCAUGAGAGCAGCCUGUGUAGGACAUGCCUUAAGAGAUGUAAAGGAGAACACGUGCUUAAGGAGAAAAGGAUAAGGACUUAUCCAGGACUGAUGGUGCAAAACUCAGUGGCUAAAGUCAAUCAAGAUGUGUGGAGAAUAGAGGGGUGGAACACAAGUCAAUCAAAUGACCAAACAUCUUAACAAUGUUUCGAAAUAAAAAGAUUGAUUACAUGCAACUAUCUUGAAA